AAUACCUAGUAGAGAUACAGAGGAGUAAUGAAAAGGAGUCCCACCAGCAGAAGGAAUCCACUCUCCUGCAUGUUACAUAUUCUCAAGUGAUUGGUCUGCCCAGAGCUGUGGAUGGGAUGCUUGCAGUUUUGCUACUUCAUCACUGGAGGGAGCAAAGAGCUGUUGUUUCAUGGCUGGCCCAGACUUCUAGACAGUACCUGCAGAUGAAGUGGCCGCUGCUCGAUGUCCCGGCUGGCGCGACGCUGAAGGAUAGCCGGUCACCAUCUCCUGCACACUUGUCGAACAAGGUGCCCGUUGUCCAGCACCCACACCACGUCCACCCACUGACGCCGCUCCUCACUUACAGCAAUGACCGCUUCUCCCCAGGCUCGCCACCUGCCCACCUCUCACCAGAGAUUGAUCCAAAGACAGGAAUCCCACGCCCACCUCACCCUUCAGAGCUGUCUCCUUACUACCCGCUGUCACCAGGGGCCGUGGGACAGAUCCCUCACCCGUUGGGCUGGCUUGUGCCGCAGCAAGGACAGCCGGUGUACUCCAUCCCUGCUGGGGGGUUCCGGCAUCCCUACCCUGCCCUGGCAAUGAAUGCCUCCAUGUCCAGCCUGAUGUCCAGCAGGUUUUCCCCACACAUGGUGCCACCUCCCGCACAUGGGCUUCACCCUUCGGGAAUCCCGCACCCCACCAUUGUCUCACCCAUCGUGAAGCAGGAACCUGCACAGCCCAGCGUGAGCCCAGGGGGGAAUGCGAAAUCCCCAGUCACUGUGAAGAAGGAAGAGGAGAAGAAGCCCCACAUCAAGAAACCGCUCAACGCAUUCAUGCUGUACAUGAAGGAGAUGCGGGCCAAGGUGGUGGCCGAGUGCACGCUGAAGGAGAGCGCAGCCAUCAACCAGAUCCUGGGCAGACGGUGGCACUCGUUGUCCCGGGAAGAACAAGCCAAGUACUACGAGCUGGCGCGGAAGGAGCGACAGCUGCAUUCUCAGCUCUACCCAACCUGGUCUGCGCGGGAUAACUACGGGAAAAAGAAGAAGAGGAAGCGAGAGAAACUUGCUCAGCAGCAGACCCAGGACACAGAGAGCUCCCUGGUCUCCAAGAGCAAGAAGCCCUGCGUGCAGUACCUGCCUGUGGAGAAGCCCUGCGACAGCCCUGCCUCCUCCCACGGCAGCAUGCUGGAUUCGCCCGCCACGCCCUCGGCAGCCCUGGCCUCUCCCGCCGCCCCAGCAGCCACCCACUCUGAGCAGGCCCAGCCCCUCUCGCUCACCACCAAGCCGGAAGCCCGAGCCCAGCUUGCCCUGCACUCGGCUGCUUUCCUGUCCAGCAAGGCCUCCUCUUCCUCCUCCUCCUCUGGCCUCAGCAGCCCCUCACCUCUCCUCUCCAGACCCAUCCCCUUUCCCUCGGUGCCCCCCACAGCCCUUCUCACCUCCCCUCCCUCCUUCCCCACUGCCCUCCCCUCCCCACAGGCCGCCUUAGCAGUGCUGCAAGCC